UUUAGGCAUUAAAAAGAAGGGACCGGGGAGAUGGGCUCAGUACAGAAAACGCUUGCCAUGCAGCUCUGAGUAUUUGAGUUUAGGUCCACAGACCCACAUAAAAUGUGGCUGGCUUCUGUAGUCUGUAAGCAAGGAGGGAAGUGGGCACAGGAGUCUGCUUGAAGCUUGCAGAUGGAGACCCAGCCUCAAAUGAGGUGGAAGAUAGGAACCUGCCUGAAAGGUGUCUCUGACUUGCACACAUGCGCACCAAUUCCUAGUGAAUAAAUGAUUAUGGCAGAGAGGACAAAAAUCACAGCAUUUCACUGUACCUCAGACUGACCUGGAAUUCACUAUGUAGUCUCAGGAUGGCCUCGAACUUACAGCGAUCAGAGUCCCCACUCUCUUGUGAGAGUUCUUCAUGCUCAUCUUCUUAAUCUUGAAGACCUCAAAAUAUACCUGGAUGUACCUUUUUGGGAAAACGUCUGUACCAAGCAAUAAGUCACCCACUGCACUCUUGUUACAACAUAAAUGUUUUUGAGUUUUCUAAGCCUAAACGUUUUCCUUCACUUUCCCAUGAAGCCCCCUCGCUGCUGCCUCUUCACAGCAGUGUUUGUUAUGGGGACAGCUGCUCUGGCCUCGGGAGAUGGGCCCCCACUGGGAGCAAACCAUAGUUCCUACAACACAUCUUUUCUCCCUGGCUUUGGACUUUUAGCAGGUUCCCACACAGGUGAUGAUGUCAUCAUAGCCAAAGAGGGAGCUAGCGUUUCACUUGAAUGUCCUCUUACAGUCGGUCACCACGAAGACAUCCAUUGGUACAACUCCAAAGGACAAGAACUGGAUGGCAGAGGUGGAAAAUGGCUGAUUGCCUACAACUUCCUAAAUAUCACCGACAUAGCCUUUGAUGACCGAGGCCUUUAUACCUGUGUCGUCACGUCUCCAACUCGUGCCUCCUACUCCGUCACCCUCCGUGUGAUCUUCACCUCGGGAGACAUGAGCAUCUACUAUGUGGUGGUGUGCCUGAUUGCUUUCACAAUCACGCUCAUCUUGAAUGUCACCCGCCUGUGCCUGAUGAGCACCCAUCUUCGCAAGACCGAGAAGGCCAUCAACGAGUUCUUCAGAACCGAAGGUGCCGAGAAACUGCAGAAGGCCUUUGAGAUUGCGAAACGCAUCCCCAUCAUCACCUCAGCCAAGACCCUGGAGCUCGCCAAAGUCACGCAGUUCAAGACCAUGGAGUUUGCGCGCUACAUUGAGGAGCUGGCCCGGAGCGUGCCCCUCCCGCCCCUCAUCCUGAACUGCCGGGCCUUCGUGGAGGAAAUGUUUGAAGCCGUGCGAGUGGACGACCCCGACGACGUGGGCGAGAGGGUGAAGGAGCGGCCCGCCCUGGGUGCUCAAGGCGGCAUCUAUGUGAUUAACCCCGAGCUGGGCCGCAGCAGCUCCCCAGGGGGAGAUUCAGACGACGGCUCUCUGAGUGAGCAGGGCCAGGAGAUAGCAGUCCAGGUGUCUGUCCACCUGCAGUCAGAGACCAAAAGCAUCGGGGCCGACUCUCAAGACAGCAGCCAUUGCAGCCCGCCCGGCGACCCCGACCCUGCCCAGCGCGGCUGUCACCACAAGGAGGGGCCGUGUGAGGACUGAGGGGCGCCACCGCCGGCUCGCCCAGAAACACUCAGGAAAAGAGCUUGUCUCCUGGAGGAAAUACUGCUUUUACCAAAUGGUGACUGGAGUUUUCCUUUUAAUCUUAAGCACAUCCGAACGUGAAUUGCCAAAAUCUUUAUGAAAAAGGCAACUUUUCCCCCAAUAUUUGUGUCCUUUUCCUUGAGUUCAGCAAAGCGGAGCAUGGUAAGGUUCGGAUUGAAAGCAGCUCGAGUGCCAAACAGUGGGAGACACUCAUGCUGAGACCCGAGAGUGUCAGCGGUGAUGUGGGGGAUCUGGAUUGUGGCACCAAAAGUGGAUUCUUGCUCUAAACCCCCAGCUUGUCAUACUUGAAAGCAAACCUUCCCCCAGACUUCCCGCCCUCACUUUGGCAAGUGUCCGCUGUCUCGGCGCUGACGCUGUGGGGCCGUCUGAUGCUCUGCCCUGGGGGCGUACAGUUACAGUCCUCAGGGUCCACACGCUGUUACACAGAAAUCGGGGAGCAGAUGGCACAUUGGAAAACUAUUGUCUGAGUAAAUUGGUCCAUCUUGGGAGUAAAUCAUGUCUUUUUAAUUUACUGAGACAUUAUUGAAGUCAUUGAGGCUGGCGGUGACCUCCCACCUGAUCUCCCCAAGUGAGCAGUCUGUCCCUAAAGAAGAGGGUCUUGAGUGCUGUUCGGCUAAGAGGAUGUCAGAGUGUCUGUCUCUAGAAAAUUAUGUUUUCCAGGCUGCUGCUUUUUAAAAGUACGGAGCGCACAGGCGGGCUGUGGUUGGGGCCUCGCUCUGGAGACCGUCUAGAACCGCACAUUCCUCUGCAGGCCGCAGUCAGCACUCUCCCUCUGCGGUCUUAAAUAUGGUGCUAAAGCUUGCAUGCCUCCUUAGCUUGCUUGUCUCUCUGAUGUGUCAUCAUUGAUGUUUUUAUUUUCGUGUGUUUCCGGUGCAUAAUUUUGAGCCAGGACUUCUUUGGAGGCCGUUCUGAGAAGCACUUUCCUGAAAGUGGCUGGGAUCAUUGUGUUUGGUGUGUUCGUGUAUUCAAACGCUCACAGAUAAUGUAGUCAUAAAGAAAGGGGACCAUGCUGGCUGGUGCCGCCUGAUUUACGUGUGUAUCAUAAACCCCGUGCUCGCUGAGAUCAGUACGGCGGAGCUGUGAAUACUCUUCAGCUACAGGAAGCUUGAUGCCAUGUAAUUUCAAACGUUGGCAGUGCAACUCCACCCGAUGCUUCACAUUUCUUCAUUUGGUUUCUGGUUAUUGAAGCAUUACUUGAACUAGAGAGCCUGAGGGAAAUGUUCAUAGGAGCUUUAUCUCGAUUUUAAUUGAAGAUUUCAAGCAGAGGAAGAUAGGGGAUUCAAAGUGUAAGCAGUAGACUCAUGCCUUGCCUUGUCCAGGCCUAUCAGAAGUAAUGCGUCUGCCCUGGACAGCAUGAAUGAAGCAGUGCGCUGGUGGUUUGGGUUUUUUGUUUUUUUGUUUUUUUUUUUUUUUGAUGGCAUAUGGAUGAGAGGAUAAUGAUGCCUUUUCUGUCUCCGGUUGUUUCCAUGGAAACCUCCGCAGCCAAACAAAAGCUACUAAUCAUUUAGCCAAAGCUUGCCUUGGCUCAUAGACAUGGAUUUCUUAAGGAAAACUGUUUUCAUACAUUGGGCUGUAGGAACAAAGGCUCGUGCACACAUCCGAGAUUGUAGAACAUGUUUUCCCUUCCUCUGGUGAGUAGCACUCAGUCCUCAGAUAGGAGCCCCAUCUCUUCCCUAAUGUGACACAUUUGGAAUCAUACCUUACAGUGGAGUUUGUCACGAUAAAGGCAGUGGUUUUGCCCCACAUGUUCUCAGAGGAACUUUAGUGUUUGAAGCUCUCAGACAUGUUUAAUGACCAGAGUCCCAGGAAAUAGUACUUUGCAAAAACAGGAAAAAUGUGUGUGUGUGUGUGUGUGUGAGAAACACUUGUAUAAGCUUUCACAGUUUCGUGGCAAGGAAGAGAUGGUAGCAGGAGCCAGCAGCCAGCUCAUCACAUUGGCAGGCAGAAGGAAAGCUGGCAUUAAGUGAGUUGGACUAUCAAAUCUCAAAGCCCACCCCCAGUGACCUACUUCUCCAGCAAGGCUCUGCCUCCCAAAGGGUCCAUAACCUUUCCAAGCAGCACCAACAGCGAGGGGCCAAGUGUUAAAACACCUGAGCCUACAGGGGACAUUUUACAUUCACAUCACAACGCCUAGUAUGUACAAGACCCUGGCCAGGGUACCUGAUUUGCUUUACAUCCCAAAGGAUCUGGUGCAGAGUCAGUCAGUCAAAACUCAAUAGGAGUUGGUGUUAGUAAUGCUAGUUUUCAAGAAGAGAAAACCUCAAAUAUUUUCCAUAGUCAGUUAUUCCAUACGUAAUGAAUAGUCCCAUCUGUUUAUAAACUUCUUUUAAACUUAAACUAGAAUCUAAGUCUGUAGACACUGGUGUAGUUCUCAUUUUAUCUUGCUGAAUUGUGUAGUUAAUAAAAAAAAAUGCCUUUGUGCCACAAAAUGUUUCUAAAAUAGUGCUUUCAUCAUAUUUGUAAAUUUGUAUUGUCAUCUAAUGAACCUUAUUUUCCUUACAGAAUUAAGUAGUACCUUUGUGAGAUAAGUUUCCCAGAAGGUGGCAUUUAAAUAUCUUAGUAGAUUCCUCAUAGAGACGCGUCCCUGGAAUCAAUGCCCUGCUUGUGUUUAAAGGCAGGUCAGAAACUGGCCUCAAGUUUGCAUCUGUUAUUAUGACUUUAUGCUUGUCUGUCUGCUUUUGAGAUAGGGUCUGGCUAUAUACAUACAUACAUAUAUAUAGUCCACCCUAGCUUUGAACUCCUGAUCCUUCAGCCCCAGCCUCCUGAAUGAUAGCAAGAAUUACAGGUGUGCAUCACCAUGCCUGCUUUAAACCUCUUCCCCCACCCCUCGUCUUCUCUUCUUCAAGGUAGGGGCUCACUAUGUAGACCAAACCAACCUUGGACUUAAGGUGUUGUACACCACCACGCCUGGCUUUAAGACUUAUGGAGUCAGACCCAGUGAACAUGUGCAUUUCCUGCCCACGGCAGUGACGUAAACAAAUGCCUUCCGGAUGGUUGGCCUGGGCUGGAGGCGAGAAGGCUCCUGCUUUCCUCACCACGUGUGUUUUAAGGUCAAGGCACUUCCUGCAUGGCCUUUCCCUUAGUCCCCCGAGCUCCGGGAGCCCUGUCCAGUGCACUCUGCACCCUUCAUGUGGUUCUCCCCGGGUCAGACUUGACUGCGUCCUGCUGGCUCAGAAGCAAUGUGCGCUUAUUGUCCAGAGCCCAGCUUAUCGUAGACGCUGGUCUUGUCUCCAGGGACACCAGCAGUUGUAACUCAUAUGUAUUGUGUUUCCGAUCUCCUCACCUACGCCGGGAGGCUCAGACAGAAGCUGCCAGGUUCUCAAGAGCACAUUUCACAAAAGGAAACGAGUGUCAUUUGUGUGAUUCACAUCAUGUGCAAUAGUUAUCAUUUUAAUAAACAACCUACAUUGUAACAUCA